CACUUCCAUGUUCUUCCAUAUCUAUCAGCUUAGCUGCGUUGUGCGGUACUGCGGUGACAUCACAAUCUGUCCCUGCAUUAUUUGUCUUCCUCUCAACUUUUAUUCUCUCUCUCUUUCUCUCUCUCUCUCUCUCCCUCUCUCCCCCUAUUAUCCAAUGAAAAAUUUCGGCUGAGAAAACCCGAUGGUAAAAAUGUUUCAAAUUUAGGAGGACAGUCUCCUCGUCACUUGUGAACAUCUUAUCCUGUUCUGUUUUGGGAUUAUAUGCAUUUGGGACAAUAGAUGGCAACUCUUCCACCAUCACCUACAAUUAGGGCCCGCUGUCUAAAGUGUGGAACCAGUGAAUCUUCUAAACUGUCACCAGCCUGUCAUUAUAUAUGUAGAAACCAAAUCAGAUAUGGCUUCGAAAAAAUGAAUUUGGAGAGAAAGCUUGUUUGUGGAGAAAUUGCCCAGACUGUCGUAAAAACUUCUUACCAGCGUCUUGAUUCAAAAGUUUAUGCUACAUCACGAGUUCUUAUUGAGGAAACUGAAGAGAAAGUCACUACAAUUACUGAAGCUGAAGAUCUGGAAAAGGCAUCAACUUACGUAUUUUGGACAGAAGUUGGUGGUCAGGUGAAAGUUUCUGUUAGAAAGAAAAACGUCAAAUAUGCCGUGUAUAUUGAACUUCCAUCCUUGCAACUACAUAGCAGUUAUGAUAGACUGGUAUUGAGUUGGGGUAUGUAUAGAGCUGAUUCAUCAUCUUUCAUGCCUCUGGAUGUUCGAAGUUCAGCGCCAGAUAGUAGAACCACCGCCAGUGAAACCCCAUUCAAGCAUACAGCUUCUGGCAGGUUUGUACUUGAGUUGGAGUUUGAAGCAAAACAAUUUCCCUUCUAUCUUUCAUUUCUAUUAAAACCUUCAUUAGAUUCUGAUCCGAGUAGCUCAGAAAUUGAAAUUAGAAGUCAUAGAAAGACGAACUUUUGUGUGCCAGUUGGUUUUAACAGAGGUUAUCCUUCUCCUUUGGGUCUCACCUUUUCACCUGAUGGUUCCAUGAACUUUGCAAUUUUUACAAGAAAUGCAGAAAGUGUGGUUUUAUGUUUGUAUGAUGACACAACAGCCAAUAAACCCACUUUAGAGCUUGAUCUAGAUCCAUACAUCAAUCGAUCAGGUGAUGUCUGGCAUGCCUCAUUUGAAAGUGCGUGGACGUUUGUGAGCUAUGGUUAUCGAUGCAAAGGGCCCCUUCUUCAGAGAAACAAAGAUAAAUUUGACGCAGGGAAAAUUCUUCUGGAUCCAUAUGCUAAGAUCAUUGGGAAUUCUAUUCCUAGUAGUGAUGGAUCUAAGUUGCCUCUGAAGUAUCUUGGAAGAUUAUGCAAGGAACCUGCUUUUGACUGGGGUGAUGAUGUUCAUCCUGACUUGCCAAUGGAAAAGCUAGUGAUUUAUCGGUUGAAUGUGAGACACUUUACUCAGCACGAGUCUAGUCAGCUACCUACCGAUGUAGCAGGGACCUUCUCUGGUUUGACAGAGAAGUUGCAGCAUUUUAAAGAUCUUGGCUUGAAUGCCAUUUUACUGGAGCCAAUUUUCUCAUUCGAUGAUCAAAAGGGACCAUAUUUUCCUUGUCAUUUCUUUUCGCCCAUGAACCUAUAUGGGCCUUCUGGUGGAUCUGUAUCUGCUAUCAACUCAAUGAAAGAGAUGGUGAAAAAAUUGCAUGCCAAUGGGAUAGAGGUUUUGUUGGAAGUUGUUUUCACUCAUACUGCUGCUGAAGGAACACUGCAAGGAAUUGAUGAUUUGUCCUAUUAUCGUGUGAAUGGAGUUGCAGAUUUGGGAGCAACAAAUUCUUUGAGUUGUAAUUAUCCUAUCGUGCAACAAAUGAUUUUGGAUAGUCUUCGACAUUGGGUGACUGAGUUUCAUGUCGAUGGAUUUUGUUUCAUAAAUGCUUCAUCUCUGUUGAGAGGGUUUCAUGGAGAGUACUUGUCUCGACCUCCUCUGGUUGAAGCAAUAACUUUUGACCCACUACUCUCAAAGACUAAGAUCAUUGCAGAUUGCUGGGAUCCACAUGACAUGCUACCCAAUGAAACUCGUUUUCCUCAUUGGAAGAGAUGGGCAGAAAUGAAUACAAAAUUUUGUAAUGAUGUGAGAAACUUUUGGAGGGGUGAGGGUCUUCUUAGUGACCUUGCGACACGGCUUUGUGGGAGUGGAGACAUCUUUUCAGAUGGCCGAGGCCCAUCAUUCUCUUUCAAUUUUGUUGCCAGAAAUUUUGGACUCUCUCUUGUGGACUUAGUCAGCUUCAGUAAUGAUACAUUAGCUUCACAGUUAAGUUGGAAUUGCGGGGAAGAAGGACCUACGAGUAACACCGCUGUCCUUCAAAGACGGCUUAAACAAAUCCGAAAUUUUCUCUUUGUAUUGUUUGUUUCAGUGGGUGUUCCUGUUCUUAACAUGGGAGAUGAAUGUGGCCAAACUUCUGGCGGUUCCCCUUCAUAUACCGACAGACAGCCGUUUGAUUGGAAUGCUCUAAGGACGGGUUUUGCCAUUCAAACCACGCAAUUCGUCUCAUUUUUGAGUUCAUUUAGAAUGAGGAGAGGUGACCUACUUCAGAAGAGAAGCUUCUGGAAAGAAGAAAAUAUUGACUGGCAUGGAAAUGAGCAGUCUCCACCUAGAUGGGAAGACCCAUCCUGCAAAUUCCUGGCCAUGACAUUGAAGGCUGACAAAGUGGAGAGCCCCUUGAGCUCUGAAUCUUCACAUCUAAGGGGUGAUUUAUUUAUUGCUUUCAAUGCAGCUGAUCGUUCAGAGAAUGUUAUUCUACCCCAACCUCCAGACGGGAUGUCAUGGUGCAGAUUGGUUGACACGGCUCUCCCAUUCCCAGGGUUUUUCUCAACCAAUGGUGAACCCGUUCUUGAGCAGAUGGCAGGAUUGGCUGUUUAUGAGAUGAAGUCUCACAGUUGUGCUCUAUUUGAAGCUAGCAGCCUAAUAAGUGACUGAAAUCUUCCCCUUCGAAAAUGCAAACUAGAAGUUAAACCCUGUUAAUAUAGAAUAAUGUGAUAAUAAGCUUAAGCGCAUCAGAUCAGAAUGUCCUUUAAUAGGCAAUAGCUGCAGAAAACCCUGUGUAAAUUCAUCAAUAUUUCUCAGUAAGAAUAUUGUAAUGUACUUAUAUUUUCUGUUUA